AUGCCUCCCGCACAGGGCGCAUCAUCAAAGGGCCGAUCCAAGCAGCCCAAGCUCAGCUUCGCCUCAACCUCGAGCUCAGCAAACUCCCGCCCGCUCAGCGCGACCCCGUCCUUCUCCUUCACCAAGCCUGCAUCCUCGAGAUCCGAGCACUCGCCAAGCCCGGCGCCUCUGCCCCUCCAGCACGCCUCGGCCAAAGGCAAGCACAAGCAGCACGAGCCCGCAGCCAUCGACCCAGAAGACCUCGGAAGCCACCAGGAGCCCACGUCGUCUCUCUGGUGCGACAAACACUCCCCCUCUAGCCUCGCGGAGCUUUCCGUACACAAGCAAAAGGUGCAAGAUGUUCAGGGUUGGCUCAGAGAUGCCCUGAGCGGAAACCCGAGGCUGGCAAAAUACCGCCGGAUCCUCGUUCUCACCGGCCCGGCCGGCUCCGGCAAGACCGCCACCAUAAAGGCCCUCGCCGCUCCCUCUGAGCUCGACUUCGAGAUCCUCGAAUGGAACACCCAAACGUCGCUCACCAGCGAGCCGUUCGCAUCGGCUCCAAAUUCCGCGGAGCGCUUCUCGGACUUUCUGGCACGUGCUGGCCGGUACUCCUCCUUGUCCCUGUCGGCCGCCGGGCCAUCUGCUUCACAGUCAUCCUCGCAGGGUCGCCUGUCGUCUACUCCUCAGUCUUCGCAGACAUCAACUCGAAGAAUCAUUCUGGUCGAGGACCUGCCAAACGUCCAUCACCAACCGACCAAGGCUGCGUUCAACGCUGCGCUGGAACUCUUCUUGGCCAAGGCGCUUCCGGUCGCCUCGCCGGCGCAGGGCUCAUCAGAGGUCGUUAACUGUCCCAUCGUACUCAUCAUUUCGGAGAGCACGCCGAGGGAGGACGAUGAACGCUGGGCGGGCGAGUCGAGCGGCGGAGGCUGGCGAGAUCGACUCGGCGCGAUCAUGGACGCGCGCACCGCCCUGGACGAGAGUGUUCGCAGGAGCCCGGCGGUCAGCGAGAUUCGCUUCAAUCCCGUGGCGCCCACCAUCUUGCUCAAGGGCCUGCGACGCAUUGUGGAUCUUGAGUUCCCUGCGCAGCAGUCGACAAGGUCGGCAAAGUCGAGAUCGCGCAGCGCCGCCACCGCCGACGAGCCUCCGGGGCGACCGAGCAUGCAAACGGUGCAGGCUGUGGCCGACAGUGGAACGGGGGACAUUCGAGCCGCUGUCAACUGCCUGCAGUUUCUGUGCGGCAUCCAGACGCCAGAGGCAGGAGCAAAGCGCGACGCGGCAGGCCGUCGAAAACCAGCAUCUCGCACCUCCGCCAAGUCGAGACUGGCAGCGAGGCAGCUGGCGCUCAUCUCCGGGCGAGAAUCGUCCCUGGCCCUGUUCCACGCUGUCGGUCGAGUGCUGUACAACAAGCGCUUCGGGGACCCCGGCCAGGAAGCCGAAGAGCAGAAGCUGCGCAAGAAGGCAGCCGCCGCAACUGGGCCCGACCUGUCGGACGACGAAUUCGACGAGCACGAGGCAGAGCUGUCGGCGUUGCGAGAGCGCCUCAACAGAGCGGGACGUGCUCUGACGGGUGUUGGAACGAGCGAUUCAGAGCAGCGGAAGAGCUCAUAUGAGAUGCCAUCUCACUAUGCUCCGCUGCAGAGGCGAGAGAGCCGCGUCGACGUGCAGGACCUCUGGACGGACCUGCCGGUCGACCCGUCGAUGUUUCAGCUCUACCUUCACCAGAACUAUACCGCCUUUACGACGGAUAUCGAGCAGUGCUGCGAGAUCGCAUCCGGCAUCAGCGACGCAGACUCGAUCCGCUGCACUCGUGAAGAGUACCGGCACGCUGCUUUGCUGUCGCACUACGGCUUCCUGGUGACGGUGCAAUCGACGCUGCUGCACCUGCCGUCUCCCGUGCCGCGCCGGAACCAGAAGCUGGGCAAGGCGGCUUUCUGGGAGGUACGCAACAAGACGCGCGAGAUGGACGACCUGGUGGAUGAUGCCAAGCAGUACCUGGCCGAGGGCUUUGGAGGGCUGGACCCGCUCAAGAGGCAGACGAGCAGCUUUGGUCGCGGAGCCGGGUUCCUUUCGACGGCCGACGAUCUACUCGACGCCAACCGCAGCGACGCUGGCUUGGGCCAGGAGGGGCACAGCUCGCUCAUGAGAGCCGACCGCCUGACGCUGGCGACCGAGAUAGUGCCGUUGCUGGUCAAGGUGCAAGGCGGCGCUGGGGCUAACGAGGAAAGGAGCCGCAGGCUGCCAGACUGCUUUGCGCGGAUCGCGCGGAUGCGAUUCGAGUGGGCGGGCAUUUCGGACACGGCGGAGCGCAAUCUCGAGGAGCACGAGAUUGAGCAUCGCGUAGAGGAGCCUGCGGGCGAAGACGACAUUGGCCCGCCGCCGCCGUCGUCUCAGCAACGUGUUGCGAUGCCAGCGGACGAGGGCCUCGGCGGAUGGCAACCCGACCAGGUGGCGGCGUUGACUGGAGGUGAGGAGGCAGAAGGCGAGCGCCUCUACCUGUCGGAUGACGAUAUCGAGGAGUACUCGUAA